AUGGAGAUUCCAUACAUGACCAUGACAUGUGACAUGUACAUGAACACAGGGCAGAGUUAUGGGCGCAACAUGUUUCCUGGGCUGGUCAAGCUGGCAGGCCAGGAGACUGAGCAGGAGCCCCGGGAUGGGGGGCCACCUCAGGAAGCUCAGGUGAAUGGCGAUUCAAGGGAAAGCUCUUCGGACUCUUGCCUCGAUGACAAACUGGUACGGACUGAGGUGGAGAAGGAGAUUCCAAUGUGUGUGUCUCUGCCCAUUGAGGUCAUCAGCCAUGACCAGAAUUUUCCUUUCUUGAACACCACACUUGCUGACCUGGGCAUUGAAGAAUCAGCAGUAAAGGAACGUGUGGUGUGGGUGGACUCCAAGCGCACGCAAGUAAGGAGCAAAUCGGGGAAGCUGAAGGAGAAAGAAGUGACGGUGCUGGAGGUGCGGGUGAAGGCUCAACCCCUAGGACAGGCCCAGUGCCAGGAGGUCCUCUACAGCACGGAGUCCCACACGGACCGCGCCUACUGCCGUAGCGGGGUAGACAUUCUGCCCUGGAUAAACACUCAACCAGCUGAAAAUGGCCUCCAGCCAAUAGAGAUGACCCUAGCUUUGGACACACAGACACAGAAGGAGACAACAGAGGUGCCAAGGAUGAAAUGA